AUGGGCGCAAAUUGGGUGCAAGGUCUCGGGAAUCCAGGUGGACCCCAGAAUCCUAUCUGGACUUUGGCCCAGAAAUAUCAUUUGAAAACUCACUACUCGAACUACGACAAUGUUUCAACAUACAACGAGGACGGCUACAAGGAUUACAGCCAUCUUCUCACUGAGUAUGACAACGCGUACGAUAUCGCCAGUAUGAAGGCCGGUGAGAUCCUCAGAAACAAUCUUCAAGAUCAGACAGCACAGUCCGGUCUGGCUUUGGCUGGUUGGAGCCCCAAGAAGCAUGACAUGGAGGCACAGGCAGUUGACUGGUGGAAAUGGGACUUCGAAGACAACUUCAACCCUCUAGAGAGCUCUCUUGUUUUUGGCUGUGCCGGUGACAAUCUCACCGAAAACGUAUUUAGCGACCAUGACAACUUCGUUGUUGAUCAGCGCGGUUUUAACACCAUCAUCAAGGGGGAAGCCGCCACAUUCCUCAAGCCGAAUGAUCCACGACUGCACCUGAAUACACAGAUCAAGGAGAUAUCAUACUCCGACGAUGGAGUAACCAUCCACAACAAAGAUGGCAGUUGCGUAACAGCCGCAUACGCAAUCUGCACAUUUUCCCUAGGUGUUCUCCAAAGCGACGAAGUCAAAUUCACACCUACCCUACCUGAAUGGAAACAAACCGCUAUCCAAAAAUUCACAGUGGGAACAUAUACCAAGAUCUUCAUGCAAUUCAAUGAAACUUUCUGGCCCACAAAUACCCAAUACUUCCUCUACGCUGACCCAGGUCUCCGAGGCUGGUACCCAGUCUUCCAAUCGCUCUCAAUGCCAGAGUUCCUACCAGACUCGAACAUCCUCUUCGUCACUGUAACAAAUGAGUUCUCCUGGCGCGCAGAGCGCCAAUCUGACGAGAAAACCAAGCAAGAAAUCAUGGAUGUUCUUCGGAAGAUGUUCCCAGAGAAAAGUAUCCCUGAGCCAACGGCUUUCCACUAUCCACGCUGGAGUACCGAGCCCUGGGCCCAUGGAAGCUAUUCUAAUUGGCCACCUGGAACAACUUUGGAAAUGCACGAGAAUCUACGCGCUAAUACCGAUCGUUUGUGGUUUGCUGGUGAAGCGACUAGUCCUACGUACUUUGGCUUUCUGCAGGGAGCAUGGUUUGAAGGGCGGGAUGCUGGGAGACAGAUUGCUGCUGCUAUGCAGGAUCGAUGCAUUCAUGCUAACUCGGCUAACUUGAAGGAGUGUGGUUCUAGAAAGCAUUAUGAGGUUUUGCAUGGGACUUCACCUUUUGCUGAUUACUCGGCUGUGAAUGGUUGGACGGCGAAUAGCUUCUUGGAUAGUAACUCGGAUUAG